ACAUUGCAUGCGUGACGUGAGUAGACGUGAACGAUCGAAUGACAGUUUUAAGAUUUUAAAAUAUUAUGUACUGAUAUUCAUAUACCAGAGUUAAUAUUUUUACAUUUUUAUUAACGUUUUGAAAUAAUUAAUACGAUAACGCGAACGGUAAAAAUAAGUGAGUUGCAAUUUGAGACAUUAUCAGUGACAGUCACGUUUGUUUAUUGGUUAACAUCCGCCAUUUUGUAUUGUCGUUUGUUUAGUGACUGGAUCCCUUUCCUAGUGAUGCUAUAUAAUUUUCCAGGAAAUAUAUAUUGUGACUUUGCAAGUGGUGUACAAUGUUUUUGUUAGAAACGUUGUUUUCGAAGGCAAUAAAUUAAAGCGUGUGACUUGUCAAUUUGACGUCGGUAUAUCAUCUACCUAUGUGCCGGAUGUGUCCUACAAUCGGUUAGGGCGAUUUUACGUGCCACCUCGAGUGGUGUACGUGUCCCGAUACCUAUGCUGCCUAGAAUAUGAGUGGCAACGGGAAUCAGGUGCCGUUGGCGCCGAAUCAGCGCGGGCCCGGACCUUAUCCACGGGCAUCAACACCACACAGACCAGUGGAUUGUUUCCAUCCCACAGGCGCAACUGGAGCCACUUAUAUACCGAGCACGGCCGGCGGCGCGCAGACCUCCGGACAGACUUCGAUGAGGGUCCAACAAACACCACAGCCGUCGGCGCCACCGGCACCUCAACAGGACUUGACAAAAAAUACUAUGGCUGGCCAUAGUUACGUGGCACCGCAAAAUCAGACUCCACAAGCGCGGCCUCAAUAUCCAAACUUCCAAUACAGACCAACACAACAUGGAACCAGACCCAACACACAUCCUAGGCAACAACAGCAGUUCAUACCUAGCGCUGCAACAGGUCCGAUGGUGUAUCAUCCUAUAAUGUUCCAGCCACAUAUGAGUAUGCAAACGUAUCAACAGCCAAGGUCGAGUACACAAGGGUACUUUUCAUAUAAUAUGGCGCCAUUUAUAAGUUACAGUAAUCCUCCAAGUCACACAACCCCCUAUUACAAUUACACUUCAAAUAAUCAACCGCUUCCUACGCCUAACCUACAAGCGAACGCGCCAGGCGGCAGAAAUAAUCCCACCACAUUAGUUGGGCCGCAAGGAACGCCCGCUACUCCUACCGCUCCCACAUCGUCAUUGUCGCACCCUCAAGCACCUGUUCAUAUGCAUCAAGCUAUACCUGGUAUACGUCCAACCUUAUUACAACCAACGAAGCGUCAGAGUCACAGAGUACCUAUCAUCAACCCUGUCACUCAGCAAGACAUAUUUUCUGAAAUAUCAUCUAACGAAAAUCAGUAUCUGAGUGGUGAUUCCAGUGAGAGACAAACUCCGCAGCCUGAGCAGCAACAGCAACCGACGCAUAGUAUUGUUGAAGAAUUUACUAGAUUGGUAAACGAAGCGGCUAAUCAACCAACAUCUAGUGAAAGCGCUGCAAAAUCAACAAAAAGCAAUGAUGUGCCUACUGCAAUUUCCGCAUCAAACCCGCAACCUCAAAUAAACGCAAUAACUACUAUUAAUAGUAAUCUAGGAAAGUCUGAAAUAUUAACUAAUAACGAGAAUAAGAAUUUAGGGCCUGAUGUUGCUGUAGAACCUAAUGAAACACCAGUUGUGUCAGCAAUAUCAGAUAGUCCUGUUAUAGUGCCUAAAUUGCCUAAGCAACUCCAAAAAAAUAGUGAUCAGAAUAAUCAGUCUUUAGUUAUAGAUACUAAUAAGAAUCCAGCUAAUAAGCAACAAAAAACACUUAAAACCAAACCAGUUGUGCCUCAAAAUGAAGAUGUGGAAACGUCCACAGAUAAUAGUGAUAUAGUUCCUCAUGAAGCUAUCGUACCGGUAGCGCAAUCACCGUUAGCGGUGGCGCCACCUACCGUUACUGCUGUCUCAACGACCAAAGCAGCGCCUAAUCCCGUUCCCACUACCGUUGCAACACAGCAUGUAAUGGCUUCCACUCCUAUUUCCACUAACCCUCAACCACAGAGGAUAAGAGAAAAUCGGCAAAGGCCCAGAUCGGAAGAAAAGGAUAAGUGCAAAGACAAAGAAGGCUCACAGGAGAAGGACACUGUUGCGGCGAGCAAGCCUAACGGACCCACGCCACCUGUCGUGACUAGUUCAGUUGAUAACUUACCAGAAGUUAUCAACCCCUCAACUAGUCAAAGCAGCCAAAUUGUAUCUACAGAACUGAAGAAACAAACAUCAAAGCAACUAUCAUCUGCUCUAGAAUCUGAUGACAUAUUUAGUUCUGAAAAUAAAGCUGAAACUAUAAAGAGUGAAACAACUUUAGAAACAGUUUCACCAACUGCUACAGAAUUGUUAUCUGCAAGCAUAGAGAAAGUAGCCAAGGAGCAGCCUUUAGUGCCUGAUAUAUCACCACAGACAAAAGAAUCCACUAACAGUGCAAUUGAAGCUCAAGUCAAGUUAACUCAAAGCUUAGCCAGCUGCCUUCGCACUAAUCAACCUGAAUCUAAAAUGAAAGAUAUUAAUCUUAACAACAAGUCUACGGAUCCUGAUACUGCCAAUGGUAACUCAACUGAAGUAGCUAAAUCUGAGGCACCCAAAGAAGAUUUAAAUAAAAAUGAAAAAGUUGUAAAGAAUAGUAAGAAUAAGAAAUCAACUAAAAUGGCUACUGAUGAAACCAAUUUGAAAGAGACAGAAUCAUAUGAAAAUGGUAAAGAUGAGACUGAUAAAGUAAGUAGUUUAGAAGAGGAGGAUAUCACCAAAAAGGAGGAAUUAGUAAACAACCCAACUUCUGUGGAGAUUCCCGAAGUAGUAACGGCUCCACCUGUGUUUGUUCCUAAAUACAAAUACAGUGAAGAUCAAUGGUCUCCUUUAAAUAAAUCUGGCAAGAAGUGCUAUGAUAUUGGAUUAUUGAAGCAAAUAAAAGAUGACCCGCUUUCUAAGAACAAACCCAAUGUUCCUUUAUUAGAAGCAUGCAACAUCAUCAGAACUGCACCAAUGCAAGAACCUAUGGCAUUCUCUGCUAUAUCGAGACCUAUGAAUGAUGCCUUGCUUCCUUCCUUUGCUAAAGGUCCUGGAAUGGGUUCUAGAAGCAAUACUCCACGUGAUGCUAAAAAAGAUGGCAGAAAUAUGGUUCCAAGUGGUAAGAGCAGUAUCAAACUCGCGCCUACACCGAGUGGUAGCUCAUCACAAAAACAAGUUAUCCAUGUGUCAUUAUCAUUACGUGAGGAAGUGAAACUCAAUCAAGUAGAUUCUGCAUGGAAGCCUUCCAGAUUCAGGAAGGACAACCUUACAGAAGAAGACUGCAAAACACAGGAAGUAUAUAAGAAAUUCAGGGGAAUAUUGAAUAAGCUGACACCACAGAAGUUUGAUACUUUGCUAAAGAAAGUACAGCACCUGGAGAUCAACAAUCAGAAACGUCUUGAAGGUGUUAUUGAUCUGGUAUUUGAAAAGGCUAUUGAUGAACCUAAUUUUUCAAAAGCUUAUGCUGAAAUGUGUAACAAGUUGUCCACACUCAAGGUGCCAGCUGAUAACGCAGCUAAUCCUGAACAGUGUGUUAAUUUCAGAGCUCUGAUUAUUAGCAAAUGCCAAAAUCAAUUUGAGACUCACAAAGUUGAUGAAAAUAUUAUAAAAUUGGAAAAGGAAUUAGCGGAAUGUUCUGACCCUGCCAAGAAAAAAGAACUUCAGGUACAAUUAGAGGAAGAAAACAGACGUCUACGAAUGAGAUCUGUUGGAAAUGUGCGAUUUAUUGGUGAAUUAUAUAAAUUGAAAAUGUUAACUGCCAAAAUCAUGGUAUAUUGUAUGAAUAAUUUAAUUGAGAAAUUAGAAGAAGAAAAAUUAGAAUGUUUAUGCAAAUUGCUUACAACUAUUGGAGAGCAAGUUGAAAGCGAGGUCAGAGAUCAGCUCGAUAGUGUAUUUAAGAAGAUGCAAGAUAUUGUUGUUGAUCGAAAGUCAAAUAAAAUAAGCAGUCGUGUUAGGUUUAUGAUUCAGGAUGUUAUUGAACUUAGGAAGAGGAGAUGGGUUGUGAAGAGUGUUGUAGACUCACAGCCCAAGAUGAUGGAUCAGAUUCAGAAGGAAGCUGAACAACAACAACGUCAUAUAGAAUUGAUGAAUGCUGCACCUCUCGGCGGAUUCCGUCGCGACGAAGGAGGCCGUGGGAAACGAGGCGAAGGUCGUAACAGGCAGAAUGCUAAUUCCUUUAUGGAUAGCAAUAACUGGAAAACUACUAGGAAUAGCUACACUGUAGAUACUUCGAAAUUAAAAGCUGUGAGUGUUGCUACUCCAAAGAAUUUGAAUAAUAUAAAAUUAGGCCCUCCAAGCUCUGGAUGGACACAAGGAUCGGGCACAAAGAAUACUGCUCAAAUGGGUAGUAAUUCUAUGAUUAGUCUUACUAAAAAUAAUAUGUAUGGAAUCUUAGAAAAUGUACAAACGGAUACUACAACGCUUAGAGGGAACAAAGAUAUUACGCCUGCAUACCAUUCUAAAGGUGCAUCAAUUGAGAGAUCGACGUUUAAUUCUAGAGCUGACUUUAGUGCUAACAGCGGUAAUGGUAGCCGUUCAGGUUCAGCAAGAACAGCUCGUUCUAAUUCUGGCAGUCGUAGCACAAGUGCUACGCCGGUUACACCGCCAGUUGCAGAAGCGCCCGCACCGCAAGUGGCUUCCGUACCACAGGAGCCGCUCCCUGAAGCCAAGAAAAAGUCAGUCAAAUCGACGAUAGACCUUUGUAUCAUCAAUAAUGACGUUGAUGAAUUAGUCGCUGAUGUCAAGCAAUUGUUCCCUCCGCAGUAUCAUGCUGCAGUGAUCACUGAAAUACUCAAUGUUGCUUUAGAAAAGGCAUCAAAGGAGAUUUCAAUAUUAGCAAAAUCAGUGCUACAUUUAGUAUCAACCCACACAAUAUCACCUGAUAAUUUUGUGUCUGGUAUGAAGGAGAUUUUCGAAUUUGCGACAGACAUGUACAUUGAUAUCCCAAUGUUGUAUGAAUAUUUAGGGAAGUUCAUUGCACCACAAAUUGAAAAGAAGCAUAUCACAUUCAAGCAAAUAUUUAGGUUGUCACAAAAUAUAAUUGAAUUUGGUCAUGGACAUUUAUUAUUAAAAGCAGUGAUGAGGGAUUUAAAGGAAAGCAUGGGUCCCACUUUUGUGAAAAGUAAAUGGCAAGAAUCUGAGUUGCAAUUAAAAGAAUGGAUGAGCGAAGAUCAGGUGGCAAAGUGGAUAGAAGAAAAUAAAUUUGAAUUCUUGGAAGGCGGUUCCAGGGAUUCUGAAGAAACCAAGAUAAUAUUGACACCAGCACAAGCUCAGAAAAAACUUUUGCAACUUAUGAAUUCAGAUGAAAGUUGUGAUUGUAUUAAGGGCUGGGUACAGGAUAAUCUCGGUAAAGCAUCCAAUGAAGAUUGGUUCAUGCGGGCAAUGAGUCAAGCGAUUUACGAACAUGCUCUAUUUGGUCCAGAAGGACGAGAUGUACCGCGUUUCAAUAAGGAACGAAUGAAUAAAUACGCCAGUCUGAUCAAUGAUUUCGGGGAAACGAAACGGGCUAGAGAAGUCCACUGUUUGAUUGGUAUACAACAGUUAAUACAUAGGCUAGAACAUCCACAAGGAUUGACAUUAGAGAUAUUCCAAUAUUUUUAUGAUCAAUAUAUAAUUACCGUAGAUGGAUUCAUUGCGUGGGAAGAUUGUGAUUUGGAACCAGAAGGCAAAGGUGUGAUGCUAAAGGCGCUGACGUCGUUCUUUACAAGCAUCCGGGAGGGGGACAAUGAGGACUCGUGUAGCGAAGACUGACGCGCGCCAAUGGCCGCGCCUGCGCCGCCGCCACAGCCAGCGUCCGUCACGGCACAACCGGCCGCCUCCGAAGCACCCGCUUACAAUGUCUUCUAUAUUUUUAUAUAUUAGAAUCACCUAAACGGAACUCAUAGAUUUAUAUUAUUAUAAUGAUAAUGCUUAACCCUAACAGAAGCUAGAGAAAAGUUGUAUAAUAUUUUUAAAGCGAUAGUUAUUUAUCAAGGUUCUAAAUUAAAUUUGCUGCAAAUUUAAUACGUAACUUCGUAUCGUAUUUUAUGACAUUGAAUUGAAAUAGGAUGUUAACUACUAGCAUUUUACAUGCGCCGUUACCUAAAUUGUUUACAAUCGUAUUUUUUAUGUUUAUUCUUUUAUUACAUUUGAAAUCACAAUUAUGUAGGUAUAUUUUUCCAUGUGGUUUGAUUAAAUUCUCUGUUAUUAUUAUCUAGGAUUGUAAUGUUGUCAAUAAAUAUGAAUAAACUGAAUAACUGGUGUAUUCUCUGGUUACUAAUGUUUACAAAGCUUCAGCGAAAUAAAUGGUUUUGCUUAUUUGACAUUUUUCGUGUAAUACAUUUGGGUAUUCUCUCUUUUCGUGCUUGGCUAUCUUACUUCUUUCUUGCUAAAAGUUGUUUCUUUAAUAAAGCUGGUUUAUUAUUAAUAUUUUCUAUUUAUUUUGGGAACUAGGUAAGAAUAUAUAUUGAAUUGUUUAAAGAAAGUUUGAUUUUUUUUUGACAAUCAGAGAAUACAUCGUCAUCUAAUAAGCAAUAACUAUUAUAGGCGAAUAACACUUACUGGUUAACGCUAGUAACUGCAAAUAAGGGCGCAUUUACAUUAGUCUAGAGCAUCGCCUGUACGCAACGUAUUGCGUUGUCCAGGUAGAAGAAAGGAAGAAAGACAGGUGUAUUAUAUGAGAGAUGAAGCGACUAUUGUAAAUGCAGUCUAAUAUGAUUAAUAGUACUAAAUGUACUAGCUAUACAGAAAUUUAUUGUUCCCGAUAUGCUGCCUGGAAGUAUAAUAUAAACGCUCCUUUACAUAAUAAAAAAACCUAUUAUACCUAGUAAUAGUUAUAUAAUAGCAUAACAGAUUUACAAAACUGUUUAAGAUAAAUAUGAGGUAAUAAAUAACUAAAUAAAAUUAUGAAAUUGAUUUUUCUGUUGCAAUGGUUGCACCAAUGCGUGCGAUGGUUUUCUUGAUCAACUUUUCCAAAUACUAUGACUUGGACCGACCAUUCGCACUUUAUAUGAAAGACUGUAGAAUAAUAUUAUUACAUAAUAUAUAAUACGGACGAAGUUAUGAAGUUCAAUGAAAGAUGUUAAAAGAUUUUAUAUUAUUAUUGUAAUUGUAUAUCACUUUGUUUUUAUAGUAUAGACAGCUAAUUUCGAACUGAUAAAAGUAAUUUAAAUGUAAAAAUGCAUGAUGAUUUCAGUUAUUAAAAUGGACACGUUUAUCUGAAUCCA